CUACUUCUGAAACACCAAGAGAUCGUAAAAACUGUCUUGCUAAAGAAUCUUAUACACGCCUAAAGUCGUUACUUACAGCUGAACAACUUGAACAUCGUCAUGUCUGGCAACGUGAAAUCUAUAAGCUUCGUACUGAAGCUGAUUCAAGUGAACAAGCUGAUUAUCGAUGUAAUACUCAAUGCGCAGCUUAUAUGCAUCGUAUUCAACAAAAACGUGCUUCUAAUGCUGCCUUUGGGACCAAUGGAUGUGGAAUGUUCUCAUUGUCAUGCCCUACACUGGAUAGAAGAAAAGGUGGCUGGGGUGUAUUUAAUCCAGUGUUUAGUAUCUGUUGUGUGAAUGGAAAGGUACAACUGCCAAUUAUUAAUCAACCACCUAAACCUUUACUUUCAUUACUCACUGGAGAAGAUAGUAGAUCCUGUUCACUUUUACCUGAUAGUAACUUAAUGCCCGCAUUCUCACAAAUUUAUUUUUAUGAUGCUGAAGAACAACUAGCUUAUAGACAAUACAUAAUGCCUAAUUUAGAUUUUUUACAUGAAAAUUCUUUUCAAACUUUAAAUUUUGUCAUUAUUAAAGCACACAAUGAACAUCAAUACGUACCUCCCUCUGUAUUAGAGAUUGCUGUUCUUAUGGUAGAUGAUGGUCAAGAAAUUGAACCAUCAAAUUGA